AGAUAUUCUGGGAUAUCACUGCUAGCGCUCCGUCGGGAAACGUGUUUCUUUGGCAUUUUUCAAGCGGAAAUCGGAGGGAGAAUUUCGAAACGCUUGAUGGUGAGAGGGGAUCAUUGCAGGGUUAAAUGGGGAAGGUAUUUUUCGGGCUCUCCACGAAGCGACUGGUGAUAAUGGUCUUGGUGUGUUGCCGUUUUACUUUGGCGGAUCCAGUUUCCUCUCCAUCUCAGCACAGCCGGAGCUGAGAGAGCGGGAUCUGGUAGGCCUUCUGGCAACGACCUCACGGAGGAUCAUCUUCAAGGGAUCUUCUUUGGAGUUGUUCUGUGCAUGGCAGGGAUCUACUUUCUUGCUGCCUCACUGAAAUUGCAUGGCCUAAACGAAUGAAUAUUUUUAUGAGGCGCCUUGCACCAGAGAUGGGCCAGGACCAAACCAAGCAGCAGAUAGAGAAGGGCCUGAGGUUGUAUCAGUCCAAUCAGACAGACAAAGCCCUACAUGUCUGGAUAAAAGUGCUGGAGAAGACCUCGGAUCCUGGAGGGAAGUUUCGGGUAUUGGGGUGUCUGAUCACGGCUCACUCGGAAAUGGGAAAAUAUAAAGAUAUGCUCAAGUACGCCCUAGAUCAAAUCGACACAGCCAGAGAAAUGGAGGACCCAGACUACCUGACAGAGGGCUACCUGAACUUGGCGCGCAGUAACGAGAAGCUGUGCGACUUCCAGAAAACGGUGUCCUACUGUAAGACCUGCUUAAACAUGCAGGGCACCACGGUCAGCCUGCAGCUCAAUGGACAGGUGUGUCUCAGCAUGGGCAACGCCUUCCUGGGUCUCAGUGUCUUCCAGAAAGCCCUGGAGAGCUACGAGAAGGCCCUGCGCUACGCACACAACAACGAUGACAAGAUGCUGGAGUGUAGAGUCUGCUGCAGUCUGGGGAACAUCUACGUCCACCUUAAGGACUAUGAGAAAGCCCUGUUCUUCCCCUGCAAAGCAGCUGAGCUCGUCAAUGACUAUGGCAAGGGUUGGAGCCUCAAGUAUCGAGCCAUGAGCCAGUACCACAUGUCUGUCGCCUACAGGAAACUGGAGCGCCUGCCAGACGCCAUGGAGUGCUGUGAGGAGUCUAUGAAGAUCGCGCUGCAGCACGGCGACCGUCCCCUGCAGGCUCUGUGCUUACUUAACUUUGCAGACAUACAUCGCUGCAGGCGUGACGUUGAUAAAGCAUUCCCUCGUUACGAGUCUGCACUGGCUAUCAUGACUGAGAUUGGAAACCGUCUGGGACAAUCACACGUCUACCUGGGAGUUGCAAAGUGUUGGCUUCUGCAGAAAGACUUUGACAAGGCUCUUGAUUCUUUGCAGCGAGCACAGGAAUUGGCAGAUGGGAUGGGAAACAAGCUGUGUACGCUGAAGGUGCACUGCCUGAGUGAAGGGAUUUAUCGAAGCCGGGGGCAGCAGGAGGAGCUCAGAGAGCAGGUGGUGAAGUUCCUGCAGUGUGUCGAGGAGCUGGAGCUCUACUGCGGCAUGUGUGGAGAGUCCAUCGGGGACAGGGACCAAAAACUGCAGGCCUUACCCUGUUCCCACAUUUUCCAUCUCAAGUGUCUGCAGACUAACGGGACGAAGGGUUGUCCUAAAUGUUUCAAGUCCUCCAUGAAGCCUGGCUUUGUGUGAUUGUGAGACUGCGUUUGUGCGUUGGAUCUGCAGACACAGCGUGAAGCCUCGCGGGCUCCUGACUGAUCUGAGAGAAGCAGGCGGCCUCGAGAUGAGCUGAAGAUGUUUGAGGAAUAAAUGAUUCACUGCUCUGUGAAGAGGAUGCUGCACUGAACCCGGAGCGUGCAGAGUGCGGCUCUGUGGACACAAUCAUGGCAUCCAUCUGAGUGACAGCUGACAGAGGAGGUACAACUGACAAUGUUACAUUUCAUUAUAAGCUGAUGAAGAAAGAACCUACAUUGUCUCUGGUGACUGGCCUUUUUAACCCAGAGGACCGUCCAAAGAGCAUCUCUAAGUGAUAUUUGGUAUUUUAUGCAUUAGAAUUGUUCCAUAAAAUCAAGAUGACGUGAUCGUCAGUGAUCUUGGACGCAGGGUUUGCUGUUCAAAUUCUGACAUUACCUUUUACACAACAUCCACUUAUUCUUUAAUCAUCAGUUUUGUUUUUUUUAUCAGAACACAGAGCCAUUUCUGAAUUUCAUACAUGGUAUAUUUAUUAUUGUAUUCAUGUACAUACUAUUCUCAUGUUCAUUUGUUUUAAAAGUUUGACUUAGUGUAUUUGAGGUGUUUUGUAAAACCUAAAAACGAGCUAAAAUCUCUUAACCAUUCAGAAACUAGUAUGUCUUUACAGAACAGGUAAACGCAGCUGUUUGCUUUUUUUGCCUUAUUUAGCGCAAUUAAGGAGCCGGAUCAACACACAUUGUGUUCAUAGAAAUUCCUUUUCUGUCCACUUUUUCCUCUUAAGUCUAACAACACAAUGUUGCGAUUUAAGAACAAACACUGUUGAGAAGGAAACCUAUUGGUAAAGGAUCUUAUUUGACCAAUCACACACUUGUCAGAUAAUUAUUUAUGGGGAGAUAAAUGCAAUCUAGAUUCAUUUUGUGUUUUCAUGUUUGUAUAGUCAUAUACAUAGUCAUAUGUAAAUAUUAGUUAACUGGUAAAAUGUCCAUAGUCAGACUGACAUUAUUUACUUGCAGAGGCAUUGUAAUUUUAAGGCGGUUUUGAGGGAGAAAGCAAAAAAAGACUGAUAUUACAUCAGCUAAUGUUGCAUGUUUUAUUUAUAAAGCCAAGCAAGCAAAGAUAACAUCAAAUUAUGUAUUCACGUAACUGUAUUUACUUAUUUCAGAAUUGUUUAUUGUAGUAUUUCUUAAUAUUCAGUGGCUUUUGUCAUUCAUAUUCCUUAUAUAUUUGUUCAAUUUAUUGUAGACAUAUUGUGAUUUAGGGGGGGAAGAGCCAUGUCAGUCUAAGUCAUCGUGGCUGAAACAAGG